GAGACCAUACCAUGCCCCUCUCUGCUGCGGCCAGGACAGGUCUGAGGGUGGCUCAGACAGGCUUUGUGGUCCUGCUGGCGGUGCAGAGCUGUGCCGCCUACAACCUGGUCUGCUACUACACCAACUGGUCCCAGUACCGAGAGGGUGCCGCGAGCUCCUUCCCAGAUGCCAUAGACCCCUUCCUCUGCACCCACAUCAUCUACAGCUUCGCCAACAUCAGCAACGACGAGAUCGACACCUUGGAGUGGAACGAUGUGACACUAUAUCACACACUGAACACACUCAAAACCAGGAACCCCAACCUGAAGACCCUCUUGUCCGUGGGAGGAUGGAACUUCGGUUCUCAAAGAUUUUCCAAAAUAGCCUCUGACCCCCAGAGUCGCAGGACUUUCAUCAAGUCGGUGCCACCGUUCCUUCGGACCCAUGGCUUCGACGGGCUGGACCUGGCCUGGCUCUACCCUGGACGAAGAGACAAGCAGCAUCUCACCUCUCUGGUCAAGGAAAUGAAGGCUGAGUUUGUCAAGGAAGCCCCGAAGGAAGCCCAGCCGCUGCUCCUCAGCGCCGCUGUGUCCGCCGGGAAGGUGGCCCUGGACAGAGGCUACGACAUCUCUGAGCUGGCCCAACACCUGGACUUCAUCUGCAUCUUGACCUACGACUUCCAUGGAGCCUGGCGCCAGAUCACGGGACACCACAGCCCCCUGUUCCGAGGCCAGGAUGUCGCCAGUUCUGACAGAUACAACAAUGUUGACUACGCCGUGAGCUACGCACUCAGGCUGGGGGUCCCGGCCGAGAAGCUGCUCAUGGGCAUCCCCACCUUCGGGAGGAGCUUCACGCUGGCCUCUUCGCAGAUCGGAGUGGGCGCCCCCUGCUCAGGGCCCGGACUGCCCGGCCAGUUCACCAAGGAGGCUGGGAUCCUCGCUUACUAUGAGAUCUGUGACUUCCUUCGUGGAGCAACUGUGCAUCAACUCAUUGACCAGCAGGUCCCCUAUGCCACCAAGGGCAACCAGUGGGUGGGGUAUGAUGACCAGAAGAGCAUCAAAACCAAGGUGCAGUACCUGAAGAACCGGCAGCUGGCAGGAGCCAUGGUGUGGGCCCUGGACCUGGACGAUUUCACGGGCACCUUCUGUGGCCAGAACCUGAAGUUCCCUCUCACCAGUGCCAUCAAGGAAGCCCUGAACGCCGCUUAGCACUCCGUCCAGCACACGCUGGGCAGGCACUGCACCCGGGGUUCUUGCUGCUCAUGAGCUCGUCACCUGCCCCACUGCACCUCAGUCUCCUUCCUGGGCCCUGCAGAGGGGCCAGCUCUGAGCUCAGCCCUCAGCUUUGUGGGCA